AUGUCGGCCGCUCAGUUCAAGAACUUUCUCUACGCCUUUUGUGGAAAACGCAAAACCAGACCUGUCUACACAGAAAGACCUUCUACUCAGGGAACUUUCAAAUUCCAGGUAAACAUCCAGCGAACGUUGAAUUUGCUAGCUUUCUUGAAGCUUUUUUUUCCUUUAAAAACAUACUGCACAGGUUAAAUUUGGCCACCUGUGAGGUGCAUAUGAAAAGAUCUGUUUUCUUCAGAAUACCUUUGGUCCGCCUCACUUACAUGUGUCGGGAGGCUUUGAAGAUCGAGGCAUAACACAAUAGACGCUAUUCUUAUUCAAUGACAUGUAAAUGAGUAGCGGGGUAUUCUGAAGUUGCUCCUUUCUCUAAACUCGAUCGCUCCGAUUAUUAAACUGCAGGUUCAAAUAGAUGGAUUUGAUUAUGUGGGCCUUGGAAGUGCUACCAGCAAGAAAGAUGCUGAAACUAAUGCUGCUAAGGAUUUCUGUGGUUUCCUGAUCGGAGCUGGAAUUAUUCCUCCAGAUUCAUUUCCAGAUGAUUUAUUUGUGAGUUGUAUGGUGUAUCAUAAUUUAUUUCAUCAUUAUUAGUAAGUGUUAUUAAUUAACACUGCACAUUAACAUGUGGACUUCUUUUAAUGAAGACAUCUACUGUAUAUGUUGGAUUGAUGUUCAGUUGUCAGGAAAAAAGUUUCUUGGAUAUUUUUUGAUAGAUGUUGUAAACCUCGAUUUCUCCACAGAGAAAACCUGCACUGUUGCUAGUUCUAUACCAGGAUGACUUCUACCAUUUAAAUAAUUCAUCUGUUUUCUCCUUGUCCCAUGUCUACCCUGACAAUCAUCAUGAUAUGCCAUCUUUGCUGGAGGAAAAUUAUAAUGGAACCUGCAGAGCGUAGCCCCAUAAUUAUACAAAAUCACAGUAACCCAUCAAGCCGAAAAAAUUUGGAUUUACGACUGUACGACCGUACAACCAUACGACCAUACUAGCAUGCAUGGUCAAAUGUGCUGCGGGCACGCCAACACCACAGCUUUGUUCAGUAAUCCAGUGGUCAGUGCACUGGGCUCUGAGUCGGACGACCCAGGUUCUAGUCCUGACUUGGGGCAAGGCAAUGUGCCCUUGAGAUGUGCAGGAAAAAAAAUGCGAGCUCCGCUUUUAGGCUUGGCUAAAUCUAUAUAUUACAGCCCAUACCACUAAUUGCAAUCCAGUGGACUGUGGCCACUGAAAAAGUGGUUGUUCUUUGUUUUCAUGAUACCAUUGCAAUAUUUUGUACCAGAAUAUUUUUAUUUGCUGUCAUACAGUGACCAGUUGUGAACUUAUGCCAAUAAUUUCUUUACUUUACCCUUUGAUAAAUUUUGUUGAUAUCACAUAAACAAACUCAGGGUUGUUAAAGGAAACUAGUUUGAACUCAGGAAUUUAAAAGUUGCCCUGGUAUUACAUACACACCCCCUAAAAGAAUAUCUACUUAUUGACUGAGUAGGAGGGCCAUAUGGGUCAUAUGAUAACAGGUGAUUAUUGAAAUAUGUGACUGUCAGUGGUUUUUCUUUCGUUGCUGAAGCAAGAAUAAGGCUCACAUGAGAUACCUCCAAGAUUAACAUGUAAAGUGAUUUUUGUUCAAAACAGGGAGAAGGACCUACAUCAUCAUCAGCUUCCAUGCCAUCUCAACAGCAGCUUCCAUCAUCUGCAGCACCAGCUCCUCCGAUGCAGCUAAUGCAGAAUCAAAACCAACAAUCAGGACCAACACAGGGGAAGUCUUUUCCAUCACAACCACCCCUUCUUAUGAUGCAGCAAGGUCUGUGGUUCAUUUAUGAACUGGUUUAAUCCACUGCUUGUGCAUAGUUAAUUUUCAUUCUCCAGUGGGACUGUAACAACUCUGUCACCUUAACAAAACCAUUUUUUUCAACAUUUUGGAAAGUUUUAGGGAGACAAUUGUGAACUCUUUUAUUUGAUACUGACAGGUGAAUCAUUCACUUUCUAAUCAUGGUAAGGUUCAAAAGAAACAAGCAACCCCAGAACCACGAAAUUAUCACAUUAAAUUUUUUAUUUCUGAUCAAUUUUCAGGCUUAUGUAAGCUUUUUUUAAGUCUUUACUACAUCCAUUUUGAAAUCACUGGUGGUCCCUGUUAUCUGAUUGGCUCUAGAGGUGCAAUUUAUUCAUGAAUCGCACUAUUUUCUGCUUUAAAUCACAUCUUUUUCCAAGCCAAUGAGCAAGCCACACUAAAAACAAAACAACCCAUCAUAUUUCGAGGCUUGUUUAAAGUAACCGAUCAAAUUGCAGGAAAAUGAAAGACAAAGAGUAUCAUGUGGCAAAUUUUGUAAUUUUUGUUUCCAAAACUCCAAUUUUUCCCCCCAAAAAUGGAUGAAAUUAAUUUCAAACCAGUUCAGUACUGCAUUAAUAAAAUAUUUGAACUGACCAAGUCCUGUAUUUGGGUGAUUUCAAAAUGGAUGUAAUAAAGUGGUAAUUGAACCUCGUGUUGUGCAAUUUUGGUCUGAAAUCAUACUUCAAAUUGAACUCGCACUGCACACUCAUUCGAUUUUGAAAUCAUACAUAUGAUUUCAGCCCAAAUUGCACUCCACUCAGUUCAAUUACCAUUAUAAAUAAAAAAAAUUGACAAUAUAAUGGUGAAAACCAGAAUAAUUUUAUUGCUGCCAUACAGUGACCAGUUGUGAACUUGCUCUAAUAAUUUUUUUCACUUUAGAAAUGAUGUAUUUAGAAAUGCUGGGCAAUUUGAUAAAAUACCCCAUACCUUAUUCAAUAUUGUAUAAUCACAGAAAACAAAGUAUAUAUAGUACAGAGGGAGCAGGGGUGAAAAAGGUACUAGGAAUAAAAUUGGUAUGCUCUUUUAGAGUUUUAAGUUUCAGUGAUAGAAAGUCAACAAUUUUGUCACUGAUUGUUAGCCAGGAGGAAAUUAGACUUAAAAAUUUUAAUGGUGCAGCUGAUUUGUUUUUCUGUGCAGGUGGAACAGCACCUGGUACAAGUCAAAUGGAUAGUUGGAGUGGAGCUGGCCAGAGAGAUUACCAUUAUAGCCUGUACAAUAAAAGAAAGUUUGAAGAGGUGCGUAUCUGUUAAGUCUACUAGGACUUGAGAGGUGGGUGGAUAAAGCUUUGAGUGACUCUUGAAGCAACAAUUACUUCUCCCUCAGCUGUUUAAUAAGGGAAUACAGGAAACUCGGAAGGAGAAUCUAGGAGUCUGUCCUAAAUCAAAUGGCAUUUUAUCAUGCGCCCCCCUUCCCCUCCCGUUAAAAAAAAAAACACUCAUCAAGUUUGUCUUUGAUUCUCAUUUCUGAAUGGGGGAUUCUCUGGAGCAAUAAAAAUCUUGUUUUACCUCCUAAACCUUAGUAUUACCAAAUAUUAAUUCUCAAGUUCCAAGGGAUAACUGCAAACCUGGUUGGAUAUGGUGGAUAUGUAUUAUUUAAUCGCUCUGACGAAGGGCUAACGCUCGAAACGUCAGCUUUUUUAGCCUUUAUGGUGGCUAAUUUACGUUUUCAACCCAGUUGUUAACACUAAAUUACCUGCUAUACUCUCCCACCGACGCAGCACCACAGUUUCUUUAGAAACUUACCCCUUUAUUAUUUAUAUACAUAUGUAAAAUCUUUGGUUACAUUUAUUAUAUCCUAGGCUGAAGAUGUGGAUCUAAAUGCUCAUCUUCAUGGAAACUGGACAUUAGCUAAUGCCAAGUCUCGGCUGCAUCAGUAUCUGCAGCAGAACAGAAUUCCUGCUGAUUUCAAAUAUUCUGCAGGGGGUCCAGACCACAACAGGUACACAUGCUCUAGUCCUCUUAAAAGACACUUUUCGUAACCAGACUCUUAAGCAGAAAUGUAGACUAGUUUUCUCAAAGGGCUAGGUUUUGCUCCUGAGGGAAUGUUUGAAAAUUUUUUAUAUUUUCGGAUGUGUGAAUUGCACAAAUGAAAUGUUAGUUUUUGAACAUACUUUUAAAAGGUAGGUCUUAUUAGAAAACAAAAUAUUUCACAUUUUAAAAUUAAUCAAAAUGUUGUUAUUUUUUUACACUGUUGUAUAAAACCCUAUUUCCUUGAAUAAGCACCACGGUGCUAAUUUGAAAUUUUGGUAGAAAGAAGAGGCACUUAUUGGAAGGAGGGGGUAUUGGAAGAAGGGCUCUUUUUGGAAUGAGGGUGCUUAUUUUAUUUAUUUACUUAUGGGGGUGCCCAUAGGAGGGAGGGUGCUAAAUCAAGGGGGGUGCUUAUUGGAAGGUGGGUGCUUGUCAUAAAGGGGGUGCUUAAUUAAUAAGGGGGGCCCAGGGGUGGAGGGGGGCAUGUAUUAAGUUAGCACAGCUAAAGGACAGAAAUGAAAAGAACAGAUACCGGUAACACACAUAAGGAAACCCUGCAAGCAUACAGAGAUAGAAAUGAUUGGAGAGGGGAAAAAAACUUUUCUCUUCCACUGAUUCUGCCGUAGUUGAAGCUUAAAGGUUUGAAUUAAGUGGUCAUAGAAACAGGCUUUCCUUGCAUCCUUAUUAUACAACAGAGUGAACAAGGAGGGGGAGCACUUGUUUGACAUUUUGUUGUGGGGUGGGCACUUAUUUGGUGGAGAGUGCUUAUUGAGGAAAUGUACUAUCAUGGUUAAUAUGAUUGGUAUUUAGUUUUUUUUCCUGAAGGUACUAAAUAGAUUAAACACUUUGCAAGCAUACUGAUUUGCUCUUUCUUACUAGACAUUUUGUUGCUGAAUUAUCUAUUUUUGUGAAGUCUCACCGAAGAAGUAAGUGCCAGAAAUAGAAAAGAUUUCAAUGGUUUUUAUUAUUAAUGAACAUUAACCACUUUAAUUUGAAAAAUAUGGCUUUUUGCCUCGGCUGCAAUGAUGUUGUAAAAAAUGCAGAAUGAAAGAUGAUGUUAUUUAGUGAGUGGCAGUGACAUACACAGGGAAAAAGAACCCCAAAUGCUCCUAAAUAAUAAAUAUAUAGGAGUGAAACCUAAGACCCUCUGAUUAGUACUUUGAAUGCUCUACCACUGAGCUGUAAUAUAGGAGACUUGAGGCAGGCUAGACCUAUAAACUACAUCCAUCAUGACAAACUUCUUGCGUGCUGCUAGGAUAGGAAUGUAGAUAUGUAACACUUCUGCCCAAUGGUGAUGUAAAAGAAGAUGGCAAAUUUCAAGGGGAUUGAUUUUUAAGGGAAAGAAGAUGUUCUUCAUUGAAUGACAGGGGCAUAUUGGGAGAAAAAGAACUCUGAGUGCUCCCAAUAGAAGUCAAACCUUGGUAGAAUGUAGAAUGAGUAACUUGACUAAUGACCAGAAGGAAAGAAAAACUAUAACUUAAUUUUCAUCCUCCUACUAAUUAACUGAUCAGUGGAUGGAUGAAUAGGGAACUAAUUAAUUGUAUUUAUGUGCCACAUAGACUGAUUAGUGAACUGAAUUUACUUGCAGCUAUUUCUGCUCAAGAACAUGCUUCCACUAAGAAACAAGCUGCACAGAACACUUCUUUAAGUCUUGUUCGACAAUUGUUUCACAUGGGAGUGUUGGAGGCUGCUGAACCAGGUCAAGUUCAACCAAAGAAAACAAAAACAGAUGAGGUGAGUGCUUCAUGGCUGAGUUUGGUAUUAGUGCUGGUGAAGAGAGAAUCAAUAUCAAAAGUAAGCAAACAUCUUUUGAGAUGACACUGGCUUAUUCUGAUCGCUGUAACCUCAGUGGAAAGCAUUGAUAUAAAACAGAAUGUUUUCGUAACUGUGGUGAAAGAUAUGGUGGCCUACAUGUUUAAUGGUUAGUGCUCUGGACAGGGGUUUUACUCUUUAACUCCCAAGAUCUGUUUGUGAAUUCUCUCCUCCAGCUGUUACACAUUUCUGUGAAUUAGUUCAGAGAAUUUGUUGUUAAAUCAAGAUAACAACUUCUACCUGAUAAAGUUGAGUAUUCUUAUUACCUGUUUGCUGGGUAUUGUAAUGAUUUAAAGGGUUAAGAAAUUUGAAUCAGAGACCUUGCCAUGUCUUUUGUUUGUUGUGUUCUUGGGCAAACACUUUAUUGUCACAGUGCCUCUCUCCAUUCAGAAGUAUGAAUGGGUACCAGCAAAUUGUCAAGGAAGCUUGAUGAAAUGCUGGGGUGUAACCUUGCAAUGAACUGGCAUCCCAUCCAGAUAAAGCAAUAAUAUUCUAGCUGGCUUUAUGCUAUGGAAACCAGAUAAGCUCUAGCUGGGUGGGCUAGUUGGCUAGAGUACAAAACUUACCUUUCUUGGAAACUCAUACUCCCUCUCCUCAAUAUUGCAUUAUCUUAACUGACAUAGGGUCCCCCCACCUAUCCUGUCUUCUUUCUGCUGCUAUCCGGGCCCCGUGGCACUUGUGAGGAGGUUUUACUGUCAGAAUGUUUAAAUCUAUCAUACAUAUGUUCCUCUACACUCCUAACACUUAUUCUAUUAUUUCAUAACUUAUAGCAUACCAAGAAUAGUUUAGUUUAGAAAAGAUAAUCACCUGAUUUUGAGUACUAUUUGGAAUAAAUAAGCAUUUUCAAAGACUAACAAAAUUGCACAAGUGUGUAGGGCGAGUGCAAUUUGUGGUCUUUGAAAAAAUUUAUAAGUGCUUAUUUAUUCCAAACUGCAUGAGAAAAAUUGUGUGAUUACAUAUUAAUAAUAUACAUGAAAAAUACGAGAUAGCUUAUAAUGAUUAUGUAGAAGCAAAGUGCACACAUCAAGUGCAAAAAUGAUUUAUUCAAACCGGUGCAUUCAGUCAAAACAACCACGUAUGAUCAAAACAGCAAUAUACAAUGAUAUUUUCACAUCUUUAAGGUGCAAAAAAAAUCAAAGUCAGGCUAAACAGUUCAAGGAAUUGUUCAGUCUGUGUUCAAAUCACUUUCAAUGGAAUGGAAUGGUCAUUUGUGAGGUUUGACCAUGUUUAUUUUCAAUUUCAGCGUGAACUGACACCCAAAAAGCAGUGCUUUUUACAGUGUUUUCAUUGUUAAAGCUGUUUUUCAGCUGCUGUAUUGUUGUUGCAGUGGCAAAAGAAAACCUAAUUAAAACACCAGCUAUUAUUUUGCUUGCAAAUUUUCAUUGUAGCCAAAUAUUGCAACAUCUAAGGCUCUCAUUUGAUUGGCUAUUUGGAGUUUGUUUGAUUAUUGACCAAUCAGAAUGUCUGGUUUGUUACUUUCUUUGCACUGAAUUAACUCUCUUCUGUAUUGAAUUACCUGAAAACUGCAUUUAUCUUAACCAAUCAGAACUGAGUAAUUUUUUUUUUUAAUAUUAUUAAUAAUAAAAUAGUAUCUAAACACUGUUAACAAUAAUUUAAGGCACUAGAGCUACCACCCUUCCUUUUUUUUAUUAUUUUCCUUGGUUAUUUUGUGUUGUCAGAACCCCUUUUGUUUUCUUAUUGAUGUAAUUUUUUCUAUCAUUUUUCUUAACAUGGUAAUGUAAUGUAUUGCAAGUUCUUGUGAAAUGAAAAUUACCUUUCUUAACUUUUGUUAUUCAUUUCAACAAAUUAGAUUGAACCUCAUGAUGUUGCUAUCAGUCCUGAAAUGGAACAGCAAGUGUCAGAUCUGCUUCAAAGACUUGAAAUUCAACCAGUUCCUCAGGUUAAUUUUAGAACUCUAACUAAUAUCCAGGCAUGUUAUUUUUAACAGUGGAAAAAAACAAAUGAUAGAUUUGUGAUAGCCCAUUCAUGUUGUAUUUUUCAAGACUGCUUUUUGUUAUGGGAGUCAUCAGGAAGAACAUCGGAUGGAAACUAUAUAAGAAGCAUCAAGUUUUUCUUUCAGCAAUCACUUAUAAUAAAUAGUACCCCUGAAUAUUGGAGGGGUUCAGCUUAAAAAAGGGGAAAAAGCUCUGUUCAAAAAUUCUUUCUGGUUUCUUUUCUCUGCUGCACAGUGUGCUCAUGCAUGUUUUUUUUGUUGGUUGGUGUGAGGUCUUUGGAUUUGGUGUAAUGAAACUAAAUUGAAAUGCUCCCUUCAUAUUGAGUAACUGAAAUCUUGGUUAACCUUUUUUCAUUAUACAAUGUCUACUUGUUUGAUCAAGAUUCUUUGCCUUGUUUUGUCAGUGUGUAUAUGGAGUGUAUACUCUGUAUCUUUCCUUCAAGAGAGUCCACUCCACUUUGCAAAGUCAAAAGUUUAAAAAAAAUGUUAGUGAACUAGAGUCACAAUUUUUGUACCGUUCUCCUCUUUCAUGAGCUUUAACAGAGGAAAGACUGCAUCCCUGAAGUGACAAGCAGUUUUUACAACUUUUGUGAUAGUACAACUUUGGGUAAAGGAAGAGACUGCCAAGUGAUGGUAGUCUUUGACUCUGCCCUGAGUUCAGUACUGCCUCCUUAAGAACAGUAUCAGAUCCAGUUGAAUUCAUCUUACAGCACGCUUUUGGUUCUUUACAGUUGAUGGCCAUGUAAAUAAAGCAAGGUUCUCUUGAGAAUUGCUCAACCACAGGCCACAUGACCAGUAUUUGAAUCAUGUUGUAGUUUAAAUUUCAUAUUGGCAGGAAAGUUUUCAAACUUGCUAGAUGUUUUUAUUUCUUUGUUUUAGAUCAAGAUGAUGAAUGUAAGACAAAAGAAAAAGAAAAAAAAAAUAAAGUAGUUUGUCAAAAUUUUAACUAAUUGAAGACUGAACCACAACAGACAUUUUAAAAAAAAAUUGUUCUAAAUUCUAAUCUUGUGGCUUGUGCUUGACCAGCCUGAAAUUGUAAAGGUCUUUCAAUGUAGAACCUUGAUUGAAAACUCUCAAUUGACAGUUCUUUUUGUAUCUUGUGUAUGUUUAAUACAAGUAUUCUUACUUGCUGCAGGUGCAAGAAAAAAUACUGCCAGAUUUAAUUGCAAAUUGCAUGCAUACACACUGAACUGUCAUCUAUCAAGGUUCCCUGUUAUAACCAAAAGUAGCUUGGCAUUGCAUAGCAUGUACCAAAAGGCUCUGUGAUUGUUUAAAUAUUGAUGGCCUUUUGAUGCAUAUGAUGCAAGUGUUGUUAAACCUGACACCAUCUGCAUCUGAUGCUGUUCUUGUCCUUGACAGGGGUGUUUUCCAAAGUGUGUCUGCUUCAAGGGUGUAGUCUCAUCUCUUUAUUAUAGCUCAUGAUUGAGGAGAGUAAUCCCACAAGAGGAGUGGAGUAUUUUGGAUGCUUGAGGUAAUAGCAAGUUGCAUUUUUUGACAUUUGAAACACAAAGGAAGUUUUAAUAGGUUGAAAACCAGUUUCAUUUGUUUUAAGUUCAAUGACAUACUCCAGUGCAAAGGUAAAUGUUGGUGGUUUUUAGACUGAGUGAUCUAGUAACAUUUUCAUGAUCAAAAUAAAGUACAAAUGUUAAUAAGCAUCUGGAGGACAGACAGCCGGUGAGGGAAUGUUUCCCAAAGUAAAAAGGAAUAGAAAAGUAACAAAGGUGAGGUAUGAUCUGUCACUAACAAGGAAACAGGAAGAUUACUGAUUGACAAUAAAAUUCCCCUUUUUUGUUUUGAAGUUAACUUGUCUUUGCUAAAUCAAAUAUGGGAUGAUUUUUUCAAACCUUGAUUUAAGUGAUUUAAGAGGUGAAAUACACUUAUUAUUUACUUUUAUUUUCAAAGGAUAAAAGCAGGUGGAAGUUAAUCAAAAAUCAUUGCCUCUUUCGAUUUUGUCAUUAGGACUUCCUGAAUGAGUCAAAAAAGAUCUGACACAUACACUUUAAAGGAUGUGAAUCCAUCAUUGUUAAUCCAAGUGAUUAAAAUAUUAACCAAUUUUAGUUUAAUAGUCAGUAACUGUAGGUUAUAAUUAAAAAAAUUUACCAGAAAUUUGCAGAAAUGGUAGUAAAAGAAACUUAAUAUGUUUUUCUUAAAGCAAUUGUUUUAAUUAACCCCAGGACCCAAACCAAGCUGUAUCCCUAGUCCUUCUCCCUGGAAUGGUCAAAUUUCAAGAGACAAAUCCAGAACCAGGUUCUGGAAUAGUGGAAUGGACUCAACCAAAUAUGAACUGGAAUCCAUGGAUAAACCAGCCAAUGAUUAUAGAAGGAGCUGAAGACUACCAAGUGAGUGACACUCAAAGCUGUCCAAGUCUAGUGUCUCUAAGUGGGCAUGCAAUGGAUUACAGAUGUUUGACUACAAACCAAAUAAAAGCAAAUUCCUUACUUCAAACUAUUGUUCACACCAUCUUCUUGUUGCGGUGUCCUUUCUGUCCUUUUCUCUUUUCAGUUUUGUUGUUUUUGCACAUGUGCCCUCUGUAUCUCACAGACCAACACUGCAGGAGAUAAAAGAAAGAGCAAGUGUUCCCAAAAAUGUACUCUUGAGUGAGGCUGCAGGUUGAGUAAAGAGGAUAUACUUAGUUUUCACUUUUGCAUUAAUUGAAAGGGUUAUUAAAAAUACGUUUUGAAUUAUCCUCUGAAAACUGUUAAACAAUUUCUUUUAGGAACCUAUUCCAACAAGUCAGGAUUACCUAAAUGAAUACAGAGAGAAACAUCAAAAUGUUGAUGUGUAUAAAAACAUGUUAGAGCAGCGAAGUCAACUUCCUGUGUUCCAGUACAAGUCUGCAUUGGUGGAGGCAAUCAGGACAAACAGAGUUGUUGUUAUAAAGGGUGCAACAGGCUGUGGAAAAACUACCCAGGUUUAGAAAAGGAUAUUUAAGAUUGUUCUUGUGCAAUGUUUUGUUGAUAUUUUUCAAAGUGCUUAUUUCUUUCCAUGUGUGGUAAUAUUACACCAUCUUUUUGUUAUUACAUCAUCUUUUUCAGGUUCCACAGUACAUUCUCGAUGACUACAUUGAGACAGGGUAUGGUGCUGAGUGUUGUAUUGUAGUCACUCAGGUUGGUGAAUGUUAAGAUCAAAGUUAUGUUUGUGUGUCUUCUUUUUUUUUCAAGAGGUCCAUUCUUCAUAUGAUGGUUCAUACCUUUGCCUCAAUGUAUCACUUAACUGGAAAUUAUGCUAUCCUGAGUAUUACAUCAAACUUUGUUCUUUCAUUCCCAAGAUCUCAUUUAUUUAAUAAUUCUCCAUACAAACGCACAAACGGUUGUGAAUAUAUGGAAAUCAUAUAUUUUAACUGCGGUUAAAGACAUGAAUAUGAAAGUGAUCUUUGCAGUAAUGAACACUUUAAAAAGCUCAGUUGGUAGAGCACUGCACCGGUAUUGCAGAGGUCAUGGGUUCAAAUCCCGUACAGGCCUGAACUUUUUCCAGGCCUUCUUUUCACUACUAUUUGAGUAGUGUUCAUUACUGCGAAGGUUGCUUUCAUAUUCACAAUUCUCCGUACAGUUUGGCGUAUAAUUCUUAUGAUGUUAUUUUGGAGAUAUAGUUGUUAGAUGAACUAAUGAUCCCCUAAUUGAUAUUUUUAUUUAUCCUCGUCCAUUGUCUGCUUAAUAUUAGAUAGUAACUGUGGGGAGAAAAUCUGUCCUCAUCAAUCGGGGGGGAGGGGAGGGUUAAGAGGUUGAUUGGUAAGAGUUAAGUGAUCCCACUGAAAGUUAUUUGUUCAUUUUGCUGUGUGGAUUUUCUAUGACAGCCGCGACGUAUCAGUGCUGUGAGUGUAGCUGAAAGAGUGGCCAGUGAGAGAGCUGAAAUACUGGGCACCAGUGUAGGAUAUUCAGUCAGGUUUGAUACUAUUCUUCCUAGAAGCCAUGCCUCCAUGCUGUUCUGCACAGUUGGUAAGUCCUGAGGAAAGAUUUUGAUAAAUUGUCACAAGGCAAAGAAAACUCAAAAUUUUGCAGUAGAAUUCAAAGACAAGCUAAUCCCUUUUGAGCAGUUAGAUGUCUUUUGGUAAGCUGAGUGAUACACACAUUUUGAUUGGUUCUUACUUAUGAUCUAGAGAUGUAUAAAUGGUGCAACCAUUAACAAACUUUUGCAUGUUUUCCUAUAAAACAAAUACCAGUAGAUUCCAUGUUGUCAUGUUGAUAGAGAGCUACAAUCUCUAGCAAAAUUUUUGGGAACUUUUUCCAUACCUACAACCUGUGAUAAGUCCUGUUGAAGUACCCUCCUCUCCUCUUUAUGUUGAGAUUUUUCAUUUAUUUAUUUAUAUAUUUGUUUUUUGAUUGCCUGUUACCUUACAGGUGUUCUUCUCAGGAAGCUUGAAAAUGGUCUUCAUGGAAUUUCUCAUGUGGUUGUGGAUGAGAUACACGAGCGAGAUAUAAAUGUGAGUUUUUUGGUGUGUUUGUAGUUUACUUGAUUGGUCUUGGCCUCACAAAUGCUAGAAUUAUGCUGUGUUUUUCUUCAUUCAGGAGUAUCAGUCAAAUGGGAACACCCUUAACUGUCAACAAAAUCUGUCAGAAUGGAAGGCAUGAUAGUGUAGUAGAGCUACUUUUUAGCAGCCAUUAACUUCUCUCAAGAUGUCAGGGUUGUCAAAAAGAUUUAAUUAUAAGUAACCUGACUGUGGCACAAAGUAGGUGUCACAAUCUCGUGCUUCCAUGCUGAAAAUUGAGCCACAAGCAUUCAGAAUAGCUUGCGGGUUUUUCGGAUUUAAGAGUGAAAUAUGCUGUUUUCAGCCUAUUUCGACAACCCUGAGAUGUGGCUGAGACGAGGAUAGAACAGAAAAGCUUAAUAUCAGUGACAAAAUCAACUUUCAAAAAUCAACUCCCCUCAAAGCUCUGGGCUGGAGUUGCCACAUAACCAGUGUUGUUUAUGAUCGAUGGAUUUCAGAAGUAGCUUCAUGCUAGUAUUUUCUGUGAUGUACUUGGACUACAUGCUCUGUUGACCAAUAUGUGAUUAUACAUUGACGUCUUGACAUGUUGAACUACAGAUAUCCUUCUCUACCUCAUGUCCAUUUACUAAAUGCCAAAUUCUUUGGAAAGGACUUGUGUGCUGGUGUAUCACUGGUUUUUAGGAGCUUCAAGAUUAUAGGACUUUUCUUUAGUAAUUAAUUUUUGUGUUAACAAGUAAAUGGCUCAACAAAAGGUAAACUUUUGAAGGAAGACAUUCUCAUUUUGAAUUGCAGACUGAUUUUGUGUUGGUGAUUUUGCGUGACAUGAUUCAAGCAUACCCAAACCUCAGAGUUGUCCUCAUGUCUGCCACUAUUGACACCCAGAUGUUUACAGAGUAUUUUGGCAACUGUCCUAUUGUGGAAAUAGAAGGAAGAUCAUUUCCAGUUCAAGGUAAGAUAUAGAGUUGCUGUUAGUAUUAAUUCCUUAGGUCUGAAUUGUUGUUAUAGUUGUUGUUGUUAUUGUAGGUCAGCUUUAAAACUAGUAAUAUUUCAGCUUUAAAUUGUUUUUUCGCAGAAUAUUACCUUGAAGAUGUGAUCCAAAUGUUAAAUUUUGUCCCUCCACUUCCGGAUAAAAAGAAAAAGAGAGACGAUGUGGAUGAUGAUGAGGAGGUAACUAUGAUGAGCACAUCAAUGUCUAGGGAUCCAAGUUUAACUAUUUUUAGUGUUGGCAUCUGGCCAACCUGAGUCAUGAAAUGCUCUAAAAACAAACAAACAAUACAAAGAAAAAGGCUUGCAAAUGUAAUUUUCCUUCAAAGUUUCAUAUUUUUUAUCGAAUUUAUGUAAUGGAAAUUGUAAAGCGCGAUUGGACAUUACUGGAAAUCGCACCAAACGAAUAACGUAUUCCUAUUAUUUAGUUAUAAUUUAUUGUUUUGUAAUAAUUAUAGGAAAAUUGUAACUUAACAUGCAGUGAGGACUAUUCCUUCCAAACCAAGAAUGCGUUGGCACAACUGAGUGAAAAAGAAAUGUCUUUUGAACUUGUGGAGGUAAAGAUGUUGUUUUUAUCAUUAUCAUUGUCGUAUACUAAACAAAAUAUCUUAUUCGUGACGAUCAGUAGUGAGUGCAUAAAUAGGUUACGGAGUGUAAUCCGUGAUUUCUAUCGAAGCUUCUCCAACCCAACCGUCGAAAAGCGUAUUCAGUAGAAUUUACCCAGACCGCACCAAGUAGCGUCGAUAAGUUGUAUUAAUGAAAAUAUAAUGAACUAAACAUCUUAUAAACUGCUCUUGCAUUUCAUUUCUUUCUUUUGGUCGAAUUUGUAUAUGAAUAAAGACAGUAACACGUCAAAUUUGACCAUUGUAGGCUUUGCUUAACUACAUAUCCGGCCUGAAUAUUCCUGGAGCUGUCCUCAUAUUCCUUCCAGGGUGGAACUUAAUUUUUAAACUUCACAAGCACCUGAAGAUGCAUCCACAAUUUGGUGAGGCUGAGACCUGUUACUUGUUUAAAUCUUUUCUUGUGGAUCAUAGAGCCAUAUAGAAUGAGAAUAGAAAGUGAGAAACGCCCUUAACAUUGGUGAAAUUCGGCAUACUGACGAGUGUUGCUUCAAUUUGAGAAAAUGCAUCACCUCCUAUCAGAUCUCAUGCCGCCGAGGAAACGAUACAGUCUCGCUUGCGUCAGUAGUGGGGAUCUUCAUCGUAUUAAUUUGAGCCUACGCCAAAAUAUUAGAAAAAUCACAUUCAUUGGUUGGAAAAUCAAAGAUUGCUGAAAAAACUCUUCACCGUUUGUGUUUUGUAAGAUCAAUCAUUUGUUUAUCAAGCCAAAAUUUUUACAGGCUUUUUUAACUUUUUUCAGUACUAAAACGAAACUUUCACUCAGUUUAAGGAAAGACAUUCCAUGUUAACAUAAAAUCCAGGAAAUGAACCGUGUGCUAUAGUCUUCAAACAUGUAUAACUGAUAAAUAAAUGGACACAGGACACUUCUUUGUUUAUAUCACAGUCAAAAGCCUGUGCAGAUUUAUAAGUUAUUGUUUUCUACAGAAACUGUUCAGCCUCUUCGGAAGGCAAUUGAAACAAAGAGUGGGCAUCAGCCUGAUAGACUAAAUUUUGGUAAACCAAAAAGUUACCUACUGUUAUCAACUGAUUGUCUUCAUAGGUUCGAUUUUUCAAAUUUUUCAAAUUUUGUCCUUUCAGGUGUGAGUAGCAGAUAUCGCUUGCUUCCUCUUCACUCCCAGAUCCCCAGAGAAGACCAGCGGAGAGUAUUUGAGCCCGUUCCAGAAGGAGUCACAAAGGUAAGUGCUGCUUACACCGUGGUCACUUAACCAAUCUUGACAUAAGAAAAGAGAGAGAAUUCCAACAAACUUGAAUGUAGCUAAUGAAUGCUUAGAAUCAAAGCAUGAAAAAGUGACAGAGAAAUUAAAUGGGAUUCAUUGCUCGUCUCAUGUACUCAAAUUGGUCUGUUUUGUACAAGUGUUCAUGGUCACCGUAGAGUAUUGUCAGAAUGCGUUGAGUACUUUUUAAAAAAAAAAAACAAGACGCCGCAAGGCGUCAACGUGGGACGCGUUGGUCGUUAUCUACAGUCACUGUGGAUUUACGUGGAAAAGAAUAAAUUUCAUGUUGACUCUUCCAAGUUGAACGUGGUCUGCCACAGGCAUCCCACUUAAUUGUUUUGCAGGUGUGUUGACCUUAUCGUUAAGAAGGUUGGUUGUUUUUCUCUGUUGCAGAUAAUUCUUUCUACAAACAUCGCUGAAACAAGUAUUACAAUUGAUGAUGUUGUUUUUGUCAUUGAUUCAGUCAAGUGAGUUACUAAACAGGCCUGCUUUUGCACCUCUUUUAACGGUUCACUGUUUUGACCAAGGUCUAUGGUCUUUAUAUAAUGCAGGUUAAUUUUUUUUUUCGAUCCCGAACAUGUACAGGGAACUAAGACUCGCUUAAUUAAAAAAAAAAUUAUAUAUAUUUACAUGUUUUAGCACGACCAAAGAAUGCAGGGCUUUAAAAACGUUGAAAAGCUUACGUGGUGAUUACUUUUGUCAUCAGAGCCAAAGUAAAAUUAUUCACCUCACACAACAACAUGACAAAUUACGCCACUGUAUGGGCGUCCAGAACCAACAUGGAACAGAGGCGUGGUCGAGCAGGCAGAGUCAGACCAGGAUUUGCUUUCCAUCUUUGCAGCAGAACAAGAGCUUCAAGGUAAAUUUGUGAGAAGUCCCUCUAUCUGCCAUUAUAUUGAUAAAAAUUUCCAAAAUUUUUUAAUGUUAGGUCCUUUACUGGCGGAGGUUGAGGGGGAAAUUGGCUUGUCUGUUUUUAUGUUCCCAGGAUUUAAUGAUUACCUUAUGUCAACAUUUUGAAUUUCGGAGAACUUUGAGUAGAAAGGCAACAUAGAUAAUUGUAACCAAAAGGAGAAAGGAUAGCAAAGGAUAAAGAAGAUUAUCACGGAUUAAAAAUGAAUACAAAAUAUCAAUUUGGUAGAAUAGAGAAACACAAAAGAAGCAGUUGUUAACCAAGACGGAAUGAGGAUAGUCGGUUUUGGAUGGAGUGGAUUUAGACGGAUGUUAAAUGACUGAAAAUAUUUGUUUGGUAAGAUAAAAAAACAUAAACGAGGCCAUACUAAAUUAACAAGAGGCAGGGAUGGCUUAGGAUGGUGGAGAUGAUCACGGAUUGCAAAUCACAAACUUGGAAAUUUUAUGCUUAUUUUGACAGACUCGCUGAACACGCCACACCAGAGAUCUUGCGCACACCGCUUCACGAGCUGGCUCUCACCAUCAAAUUUCUAAAACUCGGAGAUAUCAGAGAGUUUUUGAACAAAGCCAUCGAGCCGCCCCCGCUUGAUGCAGUGGCAGAGUCUAUUGCCCUAUUAAAAGGUAAAUUGCUUUCGGAGUAGAUAGAGUGGGCAUAUUGUAUAUGAAAGCGAUCUUCGCAGUAAUGAACACUACUUGAGUAGUAGUGAAAAGAAGGUCUGAAAAAAAUUCAGGCCUGUACGGGAUUUGAACCCAUGACCUCUGCGAUACCGGUGCAGUGCUCUGCCAACUGAGCUAACAAGCCAACGGGGAGCUGGUCACUGUGUUGGUUCCAAAUAAACCCGUGAAGUGGUGAAUAAACGGUUGUUACGUCUUUAACCGCAGUUCAAAUAUGUGACUUCCAUAUAUUACAUAUAUACAGUGGGCACAUUGUUGGUGAUAACUUGAACCCUCGCUGACUUGAAACAAAAUCAAUCUCCUCGUGAAAUUCCGAAAUAUGUUUACUGUAACUUUACUCUCGGUAACUCGCACCCUUAAUAACUUUAAACUCCUUUUCAAUCUUUUAAUCUUACCCCUGUUCGUUCACGUUCAGACCAUUUCCUCCACAGUUUUACCCUCGUUGACUCGAGCCACGUUUGUUGUUACGUAGUAAGGAAAAACCAAGAAUACCUCAGUCGAAAAAAAUUGAAUCGAUUUUCAAGUGACCUUAUAUUGUAUGUGUCAUGUUUUGUUUGUGCGCUACACAAAACGACUGUCCUCGCAGUUACAGUUUCGCUGAUUUAGGAUGCACCUAACUUCAAUGCUUUCUAUUUAAACUAAGCUUUGGUGCUUCAGCACCUAUGCUUAUGAAACGUUUCAAUACUUCCUGACGUCGCACUUUUAGAGCCGCGAAAACUAUUUACCAGGGAAAUUGCUAAAACUUCUUAUGAAAGGAAGCAAAUUAGUUUCCAAGUCGUGCGAGUGAAAGGAUUAAGACAACUGUUGUCAAAGUCAAAAUACGACUCAGGUUUUUAGGAUGGAUAGGUGCUACACUGGGCGAAGAUUGCUAGUAAGUUCGAUUCCACAUUCAUGCUCGGUUGUCAGUUGCGAAGUUGAUUCUUGGUAUACGGAAUCCUGUUCCUUGUUUCUGGUCGGAUUUAGUCAUUGUAAUAAACUUAACUGAAGAAAGGUGCGGCUAGCAAGGUUUAAAUCUCGAAAGGCCAGAUUUCUGGGUAAGUUGUUACUAAGUAUGACAAGCCAUUUCUGAUAAACGAUAUAAAUGGUUUUGUCUAGACAUGGAGGCUUUGGAUGGAAACUUAAAUCUCACUCCCCUUGGUUACCUUCUGGCAAAAUUACCCAUUGAACCACGGCUUGGCAAGAUGAUCAUUCUUGGAUGCAUCUUUUAGUGAGUAGUAGUGCUGUUUUUCUUUGGUAUGAUUUCUUUCUGAAGCUAGUGCAACAUUUCCCAGGGAGUUGUCGUAGUCGUUUUAUGGUAUGGUCUGUAGGACUCAGAGACAAGGUAUCGGUUACGUCUUUUAUUGUUUUCUUUUUUUUUUGGUUUUGUUUUGUUUUUUCUGAUAAGACAAAAUACUUAGAGUGUAAGUAGGUAGCGCUUGAUCGUCAGGAGGUGCUAUGAAAGCUUCGGAAGACGGGGGAUGGGUGGGGAGGGGGGACAGUUUCUGGAUUUCACGCGAUAGGCGAGCUUGUCCAUGGUUCUUAGUCUAUGGAGACGAGCGAAAAAGCGGACGCACGAAGAAACAACAGCUGUGACUGCCGUGCGACAGCUUGAUUGCCAUUUUAUAGUCUUCACUAACUGGCAGCUAGGUUCAGGCUAGAGAUAGACCACUGUUCCGUCCACGAGUUGUUGUGGGAAGCAGGGCGGAGGAUAGUUCACAUAAUUUAAGACACUUUCUUUAAGUUCUUUUAAGUCUUAACCACAAAUUUACUUAUCAAUGUUUUGCCAUCUUUUUCUCAGCUGUGGAGAUGCCAUGUGCACUAUUGCUGCUAGCACCAGUUUCCCUGAGCCUUUCGAAACAUCAACUGACCAAAGGAGACUGGGCUGGGUACACAAACAGUUUUCAGGGUCACGUCACAGCGAUCACAUUGCGUUGCUCAGCGCAUAUCAGGCUUGGGAGGAUGCCAGGUAACGCAAUUAAGGUGACAAGGUAGGACUACAGCCUUGUUAGCAAUAAGAAGAAGAAUACUGAAAGUUACAUAGAGGGGAGGAAGGGCAGGAAACGCAGGAAACGAUUCUGCAGGGUGGACCGAGAUAGGAGAGCUGUUACGAAGGAGGGCUUCGUGUUUAUCUACCCCGUGGAUAGAAAAUAUCCAUCCAUACGAACCCGAACAGACGUCGACCUAUGUCGUAUGGAGUACCUAUAUUUUAAAAAAUAAUUUGCGACCACUCUUGUUUCUUUCUGCCUGAGAAAGGACGAAAAUUAUCGGCCGUUUUGGUAGCCUCAUUUUUCAUUUGUCUUCAAGGCCAGACCUAAAAUAUGUGUUUGCCGUGAGGUGUUCCGGUUCGCUAUAAUUUUUUUUUCUUUAACGUAGGUCAGUAGAAGAUGAAUCUGCUGAGUAUCAGUUUUGCGAGAGUCGUCAGUUGAACAUGUCAACCCUUCGCAUGACAUCGGAGGCUAAGGUAAAACUGCAAUGGUCAAACCAUUUGUGCGCAGUCCCACCAAUCUGUGGUGGAAUAAGCCUCCGAUUGAUAUUGACUAGCUUAAAAUGUUGUUUACGUCCAUUAGUUUGCUUUCAUUCAUUUUUUUAUCUUAUCUACAGCUUCAGCUGAAAGAUCUUCUUUGUAACGCUGGGUUUCCAGAUGGUAAGUGACUGUUAAUUAACCCUUUACACCCUAACAUCAGGAUGCAUAUCCACCACGCUACCCGCGAUACAUUUCCUUAGGUGCUGACUAGUAGAACAUUUGUGUAACAAUCAAGAGCUUUGUUAAUUAGUGAUCAUUUCCUUUAUUCUCGUGACCAUAAUAUGUGAUUCGGGGUGAUAUUGUAAGGAGAAAUUAAAUGUCAGUCACUCUUAUUGGUCAAAGGGUUAGGAGAUACUUGCGAAUAACAAUAAAGAAUCACAAGUCCGUCUGCUUGAAGGCUGGCUUAUUUGGUAUUAUUUUUGUAGACUGAAAUCAUUUCAUAUAGGGCGAAAACCCAGUAGUCCAAUAUUUGGCGUGCUCAACUGCAUUGCGAGACGCCGUGGAGGCUCAAACAUUAGAUAGUUUGUGAUUUUGUGUAAAUGCGAAAGUUUACUCUGUCUGACCCAAUUUCAAGACUAUUCUGAAAUGGCUGUAGGUGGGAGUAUUACUCUGCUAGUUUUGAAGUGAUGUCGUUGGCUUACCAUGAUCGUAUCUGUUACUGCCGGUUAAUAUGUCGGGUUCAUUUAACUCGCUUUUUGAUUUCUACUGUCAUAAUCUAGUUCAAGAAGAAGCUCGUGUUGCACUAUUUGGCGGCAUCUGUGCUGGUAAAUACUUACAUUUAUCCCAAUCCUUUGCAGAAUGUAUGCACCCACAGCCAUUUAACUACAGCGGCCCCGACUCCAAGUUGGACAUGGUAAGGAAUUUUAGAUGUCACAUACUUUGCAGUCUAUGGGCGUUUUAUGUUUUCCAAACUUUGUCAGAUUAUUCUCAUGUUAUCAACAUCCUUUUUUUUUUUUUUAAAUUUAGUCAAAGCGUCGUUUUUCUUGUAAUUUGGAUUUUUCACGUCGACUAUCGCGGAAAGUUAACUUAUGUGAUUUUUUUUCCUGACCUUCGGACAUCAAUUAUUUCUCGUUUAAGCUUCGGUUGUUGUGGUUGAUGUUGGCUGUUGUUUAUUCCGGCAUUGACUUCUCCGCUCUGCUGCACUAACAUCUCGCAUCUAGCCUAAGUUUGGUUUGACUUCACCCACGUGUAGUGUACUUUUUCUCAGACAAAUACGUAUAAUUACUUCCAAGGCUAAAAACACCAACAAGUCUAUGUGAACUUUACAAGUCACAACAGCAUUCGAAGUAAAAUUGAGUUGAGGAAGCUGUAGUCCAAUAAAGCCUUGGUAGUGUAGACUCUUGGCUCUUCUCGCGUGGCUCGGAUGCCGUGGGGAACUCAAAUUUUUCCCUGCAACGGCAACGGUGAAUAGUUGACGAGAAGUGCAAACAAGCGGUUCGCUCGGUUUUACAAGAGUUGUUCUAUUGUUGAUUUUGAAGAUUGAACUUUUCAUAAUCAGCAUAACCCGGCUCUAAUAUCCGUGUAGUAUUUUUCAAAUGGAGAGUGAUUAGUUAUUUCCAUAUCUUCAGGUCGUGGCUUUGUUGUGUUUGGGUAUGUAUCCUAAUGUCUGUGUACACCGAGGGAAACGCAAAGUACUAACGACAGAAGGCAAAGCCGCGCUCAUCCACAAGUCCUCAGUGAACUGCUCCAACAGGGAACAGACUUUCCCGUCUCCGUUCUUUGUGUUUGGAGAGAAGGUAAGCUUUUAGGUGUGCUUCAUGGUUUGCAAAAGUUAUCGGGCGAUUUCUGUAGUGUUUGAUAGUCCUAAAUUAUAUUACAGGAGUUCUUUUUCUCGCACUGUCUGUUCAAGAACCCUCGGUCCUGUUGUGUCUCUAAAUUAGCUUAAUUUAAAUAACGACAUUAGUGAGGAUACCUCUGAUAGGCGUUAUCAACUUGGAGCGGUUCACGCGAGCGUCUUUUCCCCAGCAUACCAGAAAGGCUUCUCAUAAUGUUGUAUUUGUGCUGUAGAUUCGUACCCGCGCUGUAUCGUGUAAACAGAUGACCAUGGUUAAUCCUCUACAGCUGCUCAUGUUUAGUCAGAGUAAAGUAGAAUCUGAAAAUGGGAUCGUCAAAAUGGACGACUGGUAAGGACACUUGUGCGCACGCAGACUAAUUCCGCCAUUAGUUUUUGUUUUAAACGCUUAAAAUUUGAAAUGCAGUAGUGAUUUUAUUUGUCUAAAAACAUACAUGCGAUAAUUCCAUCAUGCUCAAUGGCGGCACAAUCGGAUGUGAAUACCUUGGGAAGUUAUUCCCUGAUUUCAGAAAUAAUUGACAACUAUUUACCAAAGUGAAGGUGGGUAGUUGUGGAUAUUUACCGAGCCGCAAAGCGACGAGGUAAAAAUCCACCGCAAGCUACCGACACUGAUGUGAAUAUAGUUGUUUUAGUAUAUACUUAAACAAUCAGGUAAUAUAGUAAAAAAAGAUGAUUUUUACUUAUUUACUCUCGCAACGAUUACAAUAUUUUCGGGCGAAUUUUCGCGCGAGUUUCUUGGAAGUAAAUAGCAAAGGAUAUUCGGAGUUUUAGUAGCCAAUCAGAGCGCAUUUUCAACGCUAUCCACUUUUUUAGUGUGUACUAAAUCUUGUUAUUGCUCCAAAGUUUAUACAGAGCGCUUUCACAACUCUUCAUAUGUUUUAAAUGUUUUGAUAUUUUUAACGCGUUUCUUUUGAAGCUCUUUCAAUAUUAUUCAAUUUCUACUAAGUCACGUAGCACGAAGCCGUUUGCUGCUUGUUAGUGUUUACGGGUACCCACAGUUUGUCAGAAUGUUACUGUUUGUUAUUUUCAAAGGUUACAGUUCAGGUUUGCUCACCAUCAAGCCGCCAUGAUCGUAGCCCUGCGUCAAGCACUUGACUUCCUAUUAGUUCGCGCUGCCACAAAUCCAGCCACAAUAGCUGAACCGAGUCAUGAAGAUGAGAGAAUACUGCAUGUCGUCAAGGCGUUAUCAAGAGCUAAUGCGGGAAGCUUUAAUGUGAGCCGUGGUGGAGGCCAAUUUCAACCGAGAGGAGGACCUCUACCGGGGUAUGUAAAGUUGGGCCUCGAGUUACUAAGGAUCGGGUUUGUUUAGCUUCUCUACACAACGCUCUGUGAUUAAAUUAAGAUUUUUGCGCCACCUAGUCGACCAAUUGGUGAUGGUAAUAAAAUUGGGUGGAAUGGAAUCCAGAGGAGUGACCGGGCGAGUAAUUUUUAAUCCGCCGAGCCUGUACCGCAAAGCCGAUUUGAACUUACAAGCACCGUUAGAUACAGAAUUAUACGUCACAGAGUCCUGUUACCAAUAAGUUAUGUUUUCAGAAGUUCAGAAAUGAAAUAGUUUGUAUUAGGACGUACAACUUAUAUUUAACCAUCAAGUUAAAGCUCAACUUUCCAAAGUUUUCCAAAAGUCUAAUUUAUUUAUUUCUAAUCCAGUUAAAUAUAUCGGCUGGUAGCAUUUAGUGCUACAUUCUCAUGAAGUUUUGUCAGUUUGGUGCUGCACCAGCAAAAUUUAACAUCAAAUAAAGUUCUUAAUAGAUCAGUCGAGUUUUUUCUUUCUUCGUGAGUUAUUCAACCACUGUUUUUCUUCGAAGAAGCGCCUGAGUGCUUAUUUAAAACUUUGGCCAAAAGGAGGGCCGCUCAUCGGAAGGAGAGCGCUUAUUAUUCUCUUGUACUGAUUCCGCUGUAAUAGUCCAUUUAUCAGUUGCGUGCUUGGGUCCAAAGGCUUUUAACAGGUGUGAGGCUAAAGGUGACCUUGUCGUGAUACAAACGCUGGUGAUCUUCAAAUGCAAAUUACUUGGUUAUCAUAGAUACUGGUCUUUAUCACAACAAGGUCACCUUUAGCCCCACUCCAAAUCAAAGGCUUGGCAACUAAGUACACAACUAUAAAAUGAUGUACCAACGCUGAAAAAUUAUCAAUUAAUUGAGAAUGCAGGUCUUGGUAUCCCUAUUAUGUUUCCCUCCUAUUUAAGAAAGUGAGGGAGGUGAGGGCGCUUGUUUGAGCUUACAGCCGAGGGGGUGGGCGCUUAUUCGGGAAAGGGCACUUAUUAGAGCGGCAGGGCUUAUUGGAGAUCUAGUAACGUCAAUGUGUUUCUCUAGGUUGAUGCACCGAGGAGGACGUGGUGGACCUCCACCAAGGCGUGGCUACCAAGGCCCUCGACAUUACCGCGGCAAUUACCAAGGGGGUGGAUUCCGCGGCGGUGGCGGUUUUCGUGGAGGAUCCCGGCGUGGAGGCUUUCGCGGAUUUCGCGGCGGUCAAUACUAAAUGUUACUUAAUUUGGGCGUUAGGCCUACCAUUUACAGUGGAGCAGAGGAGUCUGUUAAAAUCCCAGUUAUUAUUUGGUUUUAAUCUUACUGGAGAAUACAUAGGCGUGAUGAAGUAGCAGACAAAGUCGCCGAAAAAUUAAGUUAGGACAUAAAAAAUUUCGCUUACACUUUACAUUGUAUUCAAAAUGGCUACUUUCUAGAAAAGGUACCGUUUAUCGUCACUUAAGUUGUACCAUUUUCAUCUACGUAACAGUAAAUUAAUGCCAAAGGAAAGCCUUACUAUUGAGCCUUUAAAGAUUGAAGGCGCGUCAACAGUGAAGAGUCUUGUGCGCAUUGCGUCCCAAUGCUUAAAAAAAACCUGCGUUCUAGCUCAUCUCAAUUGCUUAUGGUCUUUUUUAAGAAAGAGUGAUAGCGUUCCACGGUUUUCACCCGCCAAUAAUGCAAUACGCGCUUUGUGAUAUGUCGGACUACAUUCUUAUUUCCCAGCAAAAUUCGUCGCGCGAGUGAAAAGUUUAAACCGAUGAAAAUAACAUUUCAUAAUUUAUACGACGCCAGAACCUUUUUUUGCGAAUAUUUUUAAUGACUUUUGCGACAGAUUAUGCUGUGAAAAAAGUAAAGACUGCUCGUACUCGAGACUUUGGUUGUGUAAUUGUAGUUGAUAUGUACGGUGAAGAUAACAAUAAACAGUUCCUUGAAGUUGAAUUAUCGUGCCUCAGGGCUCACUAACUUGAAAUUGGUAGCAUUGUAACAUCUUCAACCUUUCCGUCGAGGGCCGAGUUUUCUUACAUCCCGUUACAACUUAGCGUAAACAGGGUGAUCUCUCAUUCAAACGGUGGAAAAAGUGUUUAUUUACCUGAUUACAGACAAAGAGAAUAUUUACAAUGUAUCGAUAGUACUGUUCAUCCUAACCUCAUCCUCGGGCCCACACA